GCCCUAGGGGUAGGGGUCUGCACUACCGGACUGCGUUCCUGUGACCAAGAUGUGACAGAAAAGAGCAGCAAAUUGUUUCUGAUUUGACGGUUUUGUGUGUUUUAGGAAAGGAAAAAAGUCUCACAAGUGUCUUAUCGAGGAACUCUCUGGAAUUUGGUCGUGUUAUAGUGAAGAAAUGUUACAAUGUGGGGAAAUUAACUGAAUUCGACGAGAUAUUUCUAUAUACAGAGAUCGUAACAGAGAAUUCAACCGGUUUCUGGAUCAAAACAUGUCUCAUAUUGGGACGAUCUGCUCUGGAUUGCUCAACGAUUUUUCACCCGUGAGAAAGGGUCAAUAUUAUGACUUUUAGAACUCGAAAGGUCAAAGGUUUGAAAUACUAUGUCAACUCUUGUAAGCAUCUUCAGCCCAAGGGAGAGAAUAAAAAUGCCACCUGAUUCAACAACAAGUCCAGACAGUCCUUCAAAGAAGUCAGCAUUAAAAUGGCCUAAUGGGGACACAGCAUUUUCUCGAAGGCCUUCUAAGAAAAAGAUUAAGUGGUCUGCAGAUAAGAAGCCAAGUCAAGAUGAUGGCGAUGCUAAUAAACCAAAGACAGUGAAGGAGGCACUGGCAUCGGCCUCAGCCCCACUAUUGAGUGGGAAACUCAGAGAUGAGACUUGUGCAAUGAAAAAUAGUUCGCCUGAACCUGAGGAUUCUGGUGAUAAUGAUAUCGAUAGCUCCCCCUCAUCACCUCGUAUUUCAUCUGCAUUGUCAGAGGACGAGUGUAGUCCUUCCACUCCUAACAUCUCUUUGUCAGACAGAUCUCAACUGAACCAGUCUAUUUGUGUUGUCCAAGAGAUUGUUGCAACAGAAAGACAAUAUGUCAGGGACCUUCAAGACAUUAUUGAGGGGUAUCUUGUUCACAUGCGUAAAAAUGAUGCACCUGUCACCAAAGAGAAAGUUAGUGACCUGUUUAUGAACAUUGAAGAAAUCUACACUUUUAACAAGGAGUUUCUGGAAAAUCUUGAAGAUGCUGAUGAUGACCCUGUUGAGAUUGCAUAUUGUUUUGUAAACAAGGAGGCUGGGUUUGAAACCUACACAGAAUACUGUACCAAAUACCCAAAGUCAAUGGAGGUUCUUACUGACUGCACUCAACAAAAGGAAACUGCUGAAUUUCUCCAGAAACUGCAGACAGAUCUUGGACAUCCCUUGCCCUUGGGCUCAUACCUACUCAAACCAGUGCAGAGAAUUUUGAAAUACCAUCUGUUAUUGCAGGUUAUUAAGAAGCACUUUAACGAGCAGGAGGACCCAGAUGGUUAUGAUGCUGUUUGUGAUGCUCUUGAUGCGAUGACUGCAAUCGCCCAGUAUAUAAACGAAAUGAAACGCCAACAUGAGGCUGCCCUUCAUGUCCAGGAAAUUCAAAGUCAGCUCUCAGAUUUUGAGGGGCCUGACUUAACGACGUAUGGAAACCUUAUUCUUGAGGACUCAUUUCGCAUGAUGGGAACUCGGACUGAAAGAUACUUGUUCCUAUUUGAGCGGAUUCUUCUUAUCACGAAAAAGAGAGAGAAUGGGUAUACAUGUAAAGCUACUCUACUGCUAUCAAACAUGAUGAUGACUGAGGCCGUACCAAAGGAGCCACUGGCGUUCACCAUUAUUCGAUUCGAUAACCAGAAGAUCGACUACAGUUUUCUGGCGCGGAACGUGGAACAGAAAAACAAGUGGACGCUCGAGCUAAAAAGGCUGUUACUGGAAAGUCUCGCUGCCACUGUACCCAUCAAGGCUAAAAAUCUGAUUCUUGGUGAGACCAAGACUGACGAAGAAAAUACAGAUGGUGAUGUCAGGAAAAAAUCCUUCCUUGAUGCUCGUAACCCGAACAAUCCCAGAAGGCAUAGCUUCCGAGGUUCUAUAGGAAGUCAAGCAAAAAAGGGUGACAAAAACAACAAUAUCAAAGAGGAAGGGGCAAAUACCCCAGACAACGAAAAGUCCGCCACCGAUACCCCAAGUGACGACAAGCCGCAUCAGGACCUAGUCCCCACCAGCCCACCACCGGCCAAGCCCCUCAGUGACCGCGUGGAGAAAUGGGAACGAAUAUCAAACCAUGGAUUGGAUCAGGAAAGAUCGAGCAUGCGGCUGUCAUCAGAGCUUGAAGACGACGCAUUCCUGCCUUCUCUGUCCGACCGCAGGCAAUCCGCUGAGGAUAUUUUAGCGCGUACGAAAGAGCGAAGAAAAAGCGAUAACUUAACGACAGAUCCCCGACAAGUUACGAGUGACAGUGAUUACCCGGAUGGUGACCAUGCGCAGUCGAUUCCUUGGGUGCCCAAGCGCAGCUCUAGCUUGAAGCUACUAGAGGCGAAGCUGUCUCUAGAGAAAUGCAUGUCGGAUACAGAUUUGUUAAGUGGCGUCGAGGCUCACGCUUUGAAUCCUGGGAUCGUGGCAAGCGAUAGCAACCAGAAUAUGACGAAACACCUUGAUAAUUUCUCGGACAAUUCCAAAAUUCAGAGAACCGUGCGGGAAGUGGCGAAAGCGUUCCAAGUUCCGCCGGUGGCAGAGAUGGCUAGUAGACCAUGGGAGCCUGCUCCCGAUGAGAUCCCUCUCAACUCAGAAGAGGAUCUCGAUAAUUUAGUUAAGAGCCUUAAAACCAGUAAAGGCAAAAGCAGCGCGGUCGCACUUGAGGACAUGCUCGCGUCCAUUGACCGCGACCUGGACGAGACACGCCGCACUAUAACGGACGCGCAGAUACUGGAGUGUGCGCUGCGAUUGCGUAAAGACUCUCAAAUUUCGAUCAGUAAAUAUCCUGAAAAGACUACGAGAUGUGACUCUGAUGACUCAAAAUCACGUGAUAUUCACCAGCCAAAGAAUAUGAACACUGCGGACCUUCUCUUAGCUGGCUUACCGCGCGCCAGGCAAAUUACAACAGUGGACUCGUCUCUGACAAGCUCCGAGCCCGAAGAAAGGGAUCUGAAGGCAGAGCUUGCCGCGUGGACAAGACAAACCUCGCAGCUACCUCUCCCCGCCGAGGGUAUUAGGACUUGUUCGCUUGAUCGUAGGCGUGGUAAAAAGGUCUUCGAAAUGUCCUCCUCGCACAAGAUCGGUCGUUAUAGCGCUGGGGAUUUCCCUGUCCAAGAGGUCGACGAUAAUAAACCUAGUAAUGUUUACCGAAUGGCGAGGCAGUACUCAAAGCGAAUCACUGACGACAAAGUGAAACAGGAUAUUCGGAGUCGUUCCCGAGGAGAGAACACUCCGCCUAAAUCUCCGACCCGGUUAGACCUCUCACCGCGAAUAAAAAUUGAACGCAUUACAAAAGUAACUUUUGAUGAGUUGCCGGAUGAGAGAAGAGUCAUUCGGCGUCGGAGGAGACCUGGGCACAGCGCGCGCGAUCAGAAGCGUGCAAGCUGGUCAUUUGAGAAAGCGAAACCUGACAUCGAUGGACUUCACAGAACCAUGAGGCGAGAGAGGCCGAGGAGUUUACACGAGAUCAAGCCCGCUCCUGAGCUCAUUGAAUUCGAAGGAGACGAGAACGAGCUCUUUCCUGAUGGUUUGGAGCCUGGUUUAGCGCCCGCUAUGCUUGCUGGGAUGGAAAAGGAUGAUAUUGUCGUCAAAGGACUCGUCAAGCAUCUUGUUAAUAAAUUCAACCCUGAAGAAUUGAAAACGUCAAAACCUAACACUGGUGCAGAGCUCCUGUAACUUCAUCAAGCUGUAUCUUCUGUGUGUUUCUGGUCUGUUACUCCUGUAACGUCAUCUUUAGCUUGUCUCAUCUGUGACGACAUUUCAGUCCAUGCUGUGAGCGUAGUCUAUUUUAUUUUAACCCACAAAAACCAUUACAACUAUCUAGUAAUUCUAGCGAACAAUAAAAACCCAAUUGUCUAGUUACACUGCUAGAGUUUUCAUGUUGAAAAUAAAAUGUUUUCCGGUAUCCCAUUUCGAUAUCGUCGCAAUCUUUGUAAAGGUUUUGUAAAGUAUAUUGAACAAGAAUAUGAAUAUGUCCUUUGCCACUGAUUAGCCGUCCAGAGACUAUGAGUUUGUCCUUUAUCUUAAUACAAAAUCUUUUACUCAGUUUUGGUCAUUGAAUCGGCAAGUAUUCGUAUUUAGUGUUUUUCUUAUACAUCUCAAAUAGGGUUACACUCAAGAAUUAAUGUGUCAUGGGUAACGUUUAAAUAGCCGAUCUCAGUCUCUAAAAACCAUGUAAAUGUUUACAUGUGCAUAAACUUUCAAACUUGAA